AUGGAAAAUAAUGACUCUUAUCAACUCAGCACUUGGGGCGGGCUGUGGCGUUACAUUGGUAUCGAGCGUCAUGCGCAAUAUGGAUACUACUACAACCUUGGAUAUGCAAAAGCACAAGACUAUAUUAAUUGGCCUAUGUACUACCUUGGGCUGAAGGACCAAAAGCCUCCUUUAACUGGAGAGAGCUCUGAAGAUUUCUACAUCCGGUCCAUUUACACCUCAACUUAUGACUGUUUUAACAGACCACUUUGUGGGCCUGCUGCAAAAGACAUUUCGAUUGGGAUGAGAAGAGAAGUCCCCAUUGAAAAUGUUAAGCACUUGGUUCCAAUUGACGAACAGAGAGAAGCUCUCAACUUUGGGUCUUAUAAUUAUUUAGGAUUUGGUGGUGUCAAUCCUAAAGUGACACCACAAAUUGUUGAGACUCUAAAACAGUCGGGAGCGACUUUAUCUGGAUUUGCCUCAGAGUGUGGAGUAUCUAAGGAACAGGAAGAGCUUGAACUUUUGAUGGCCGACUUUUUGCAUAAAGAGGCUUCUAUUGUUGUCCCUAUGGGAUUUGCCACCAACUCAACUUUGAUCCCAAUUUUACUUGGAAAGGGGGAUGUAGUGUUUUCUGAUGAAUUGAAUCAUUCUUCUAUCAUCACUGGAAUUAAAAGUUCAAAUGCAGAGGUUAGAGUGUUUAAACACAACGACAUACUCGAUUUAAAGAGCAAAUUGGAAGAACUCAAGACAAAAGGAAUGAAAGGUGGAAAGCAGCCAAAUAAGGUGAUGAUCAUUGUUGAAGGACUUUACUCAAUGGAAGGAGAGUUCUGCCCGUUAAGAGAGCUGAUUGCCCUCAAGAAGAUAUAUGGCUUUUAUUUGUACAUCGACGAAGCACAUUCUAUUGGGGCACUUGGAGCAACUGGCAGAGGUAUAACCGAGCACUUGGGUUGCAACUUCGAUGAUGUUGAUAUUUUGAUGGGAACUUUCUCAAAAUCAUUUGCAUCGGCUGGUGGCUACAUAGCUUCCGAUAAGAAGACGAUUGAAUUAUUAAAAUCGAAUUGUUAUUCGUAUGUCUAUGGAUCUGCUAUGUCGCCAAUUGAGGCAAAACAGAUUAUCGCCGCUCUGAACCUGAUGAAAACAGACGAAGGAAAGCAGAGGAUUGCUCAACUGAGAAAAAAUUCAAUUAAUUUUCGAAGAAAACUGAUUAAGGCGGGGUGCCAUGUGCUGGGCGAUUUGGACUCUCCAGUUAUCCCCGUGAUGUUGUACCAUGUUGGUAAGUUGAAAGACGUUUCAAGAGGCUGUUUAAAAAGAGGAGUUGCAGUUGUGACUGUCGGGUAUCCAGCUUGUUCAACAAUAGCAUGCAGAGUAAGGUUCUGUAUUUCUGCAGCACACACAGAUGCCGAUAUGGAGAAGGCUUUCAACGCAACAAUUGAGUGCCUCAAAGAGGUUGACUGUAUAUUUGGAGACACACCACAGCCCAAUGUCAUCUACAAAGCAAAGAAGGCUGAUUUGGACGAGUUGGAAAAGGAGCCAAAAAAUCCAAGAAAGAUGAACCCGCUUUAUGAGAACUCAGACAAAAGACCAAUUCUUGAAGCUGUAAAAAGACCAGAACCAUCAGACACAAACUUGAGUAGUUAUGAUAUCCAUGGGUUCGGAGAAGAUCAGGAAAGAACUCAACUCAUUGUAAAAAUACUCGAGAAAUAUGGGUGUGGGUCUUGUGGACCACGAGGAUUUUAUGGAACGACGCUUGAACACUUGUCGAUUGAAGAUGAGUUGAUGAAGUUUUAUGGAACUAAUGAUGCUCUUGUAUACUCGUAUGGAAACAACACGAUUACUUCGGUUGUUCCAGUGUACGGACACGCAGGUGAUUCCAUCCUUGUUGACGAAAUGUGUAACUACGAGAUUCAAUUGGGUUGCAGGCUUUCUAAAAAGGCGAACAUUGUAAAAUUCAAACACAACGAUGUUGAGGAUGUGAAAGCCAAAAUCCAGGAGAUUAAAAAGACGCUUGUGUAUCCCGGAAGAAUUGCAAUUGUCACCGAAGGGGUUUUCAGAGCAGAUUUGUCACUUGCUCCACUUGCUGAAUUGUCAAAACUGAGAAAGAAAAAUGUGCUGUUGAUUGUCGAUGAUUCACUUGGUGUUGGGGCUCUUGGAGCGCACUUGAAGGGUUCACUUGAGCAGGCUGGCAUUACUGCCAAUGAUGUUGAUGUUUAUUGUGGCAAUAUGGAAAUGGUCUGUGAUACCAUUGGUGGUUUUGUUGUUGGUAAAUAUUCGAUGAUUGACAAACAAAGACUCUUUGGGGCUGGGUACAUAUUCUCUGCUUCUGCGCCACCAUUUACUUGCAGUGCGGCGACGUUUGCGUUCAACAAGUUCGAAAAGAAUGGAAUUGAGAUGGGUGUUGAAAUGAGAGAGAAAAGAAAGUUGUUUGACCAACUUUUCAAUGAACACGUCAAAAACGUGAAAAAAAUUGGAGACGAUAACACUCCUUAUGUUUUGUUAGACGCUGGUGAUAACCAAAAUAUGGUCAAAGUGUUGAAAGAAAAUGGAUUCUUUGCUUCGCAGCAAGUCCAUCUUGUUGAAGAUUGGUGUCAAACAAAAUAUGUCCGAGCGUGCAUUGGUAAGAACUUCACCGACGAAAAGAUUCAUAAAUUGGUAGAAAUUUUGGCCAAGUUGUAA